GUUCUGUCAGACUAAAGGCGCUGAACGAGGUGUGUUCAUGCCCUAUAAAACCAGGCAUUCGACUCGCCUUUACCUCAGCUCACUUCCCUUCCUUACUUCCACUUCUGAGCUCACAUCGAACAGGUGCCGGUCGCCUCGUUCUCUUUCUGUUCGCAUUCAAUCGUUAUCAUCCACGCACACACUCAACCUUUCACGUCCACCCUUCUCACACCCUAGCAGUCACCAUGCGUUUCAGCACUGUCCCCGUCGUUCUUGUCGCUGCUGCGAUGGGUAUUCCCGCUCUCGCGUGGCACCCAGUCGCGGGUACUAUCGACCACUCGGAGCCUGUGCACUGGCAGUAUUCUGGUAUCCCCUCUGCUGGCUCGCGUCCUGACAUGAUGCACCAUGGGGGCCCCCACGCUCACCACGCGGGCUCUACCAAGACGCCCGAACACCACCGCAGUGGCCAGCACGCUCACGGUCACAAUCGCCAAGGCAAGGCGCUCUCUGCGGGGGGCAGGCAUACCACCACCUCCCCCAAAUUGCCCCAGAACCGACGAGAGGUCCUUAGCCGCUUCUUCGACGAUGAGCAGCUCUAUGGACGCGACAUCGACGAGGAGUUAUACGCACGAGAUUUCGACGAGGAGCUUCUCGCUCGUGACUUCGGAAAAGUGUUCGCGCGUGCCUUCGCGGCCGGAGACGACGAGAUUAUGGCGCGCGCUGCUGCACCUCCGACGGGCAGCGGAGCUCUCAACUUCGGCAAAUUAAUCAAGGGUGGCUUCAAGUUGUUCAAUGAUGUGUUCCGCAGAGAAGACGGCCCGAUGCUUGUCCGCGCGAUUCUGGAGGAGAUGGACGCCCGGGGCAUGGACCUGGAUGAGCUUGACUGAUACAUUCCACGGUGUCAUUACAUGCUGUAUCAGUCGGCGUGCUGUUUGUAGCUUGCAGGUUUCUGCUACUACCUAACGAUGAUUUGUGAACAGUCAGUCAGGCUUACGCUAUUAGUCCGGUCAUACGUGAAGGAAGAGUGAACG